AUGAUUGAUUAUGAAUAUUAUUAUGAACAGUAUCGUCGUCAACCAACAAACUCAACGACUACUCAAAAAGAUUUAAUCGAAUAUCAUUCGACAGUAUCUACAUCAACGAAUAAUACGUGGUCUAAAAUUAUAAAACAACCUAUUACUACAACAUAUAUUGAUGGAAGUAAAUUACUGAACUUUCAUGGAAAUUCGUAUAAUGUGAAUGGUUUAUUUCCAAAAGGAAAAUAUCGACGAAAACCAACUAUAUCAUAUGAAAAGAAAAUCAAUCCAAGUACUGUUUCUAUAUCAUUAAUACCAACAAAAAAAAUAGGUCUUCCGCCACCUACAAUUCAAUCCGAAAAAACUCAGUCAUCAUCAUUAUCGAUGACCUCAACAUUACCUGAUGUACAACAGAAAAAGACUAAUAAUCGAAUAUGUAGUUCGAUUGUGUUGGAUAAUAAAAAUAGUGAAGCUAAGUUUUAUGGACAUCGUGCAACAACAUGUACAAAUGACGGUUGGAUACGCCGAUAUAAAUCGAUAAAACAAUCUCAAAUAAUAACAAAACUAUUAUCUAAUCCAACAUUUAGAGAACAAAUGUUACAUAAAACACAAACUGAUCACCAAUUAUCGAGUUUUUCAUCAUCUUCAACUUUAUCAUUAGCAUCUUCAUUAAAUAAACGUAGACGAGAGAAGCGUUAA